AUGCUUGCGAACCACUACCGCACCCCCUCCCACGCCCACUCGGUCUGCCGCGUCGCGCGCCUCACCGGGCCGCGACACCGGGCGGCGCACCCGUUUGUGCACGGCAUCACAGUUGACGGAGACGCGCUGCCCGACGGAAACGACUACCCGAUCGCCGGCUGGAGCGAGGUGCGCAACAUCAACAUCGUUGAGCUCGCGCCGUCGGUGCCGGCGGCGGCGGCGGUCCGCUUCGCAAACCGCGCGCUCGCCAAGCUGGCCGCGAUGGAGCUGCCGCCGCCCCCCUUUGACGAGAUGCGCCACCAGCGGCUGCAGCGCAUCGCGCCGGCCCUCCACGGCGUGGUGGCGGACUUGGUGCAGCGCGUGAGGCGGUUCGAGGCCGCCGGCUUCAAGCUCGUCGUGGCUGCGCCCGCCACCUCGUGA